UGAAGUCUCUAGAUAUUUACAUAUUGAAUAGUGAAGACUAAUACAUUAAUUUCAAUUGACUUUUUAUAAUCUUAUUUUUCCUUCCAACUUGUCAUUAUAGUUGUUGAAGCGGACUACCUAGUCUUCUCUCCAGCCUGCCAUACCACAACUUGUUAAUUUCAACCCCCUCCACCAGCCCCUACCCCUACCCCCAAAUUCAUUUGCCCUUCAAAAGCCCCAUCUCAACCAAAAAUCUAAUCAAAUUCUUGAACCCCUUUUAGCUCAAAAAUUCAACUAGCAAUUCAUUCAUCAAGAACCAAGAAAUGAAUGAUCUAUUCUCAGGAUCAUUUUCUCGUUUCAGAAAUGAAGAUCAGUCACCAAAUCAACAAUCCCCCGGCAUCCAAAUGAGACAAACAGGCGGUGUCAAUCUCGACAAGUUCUUUGAAGAUGUAGAAACUAUUAAAGACGAGCUUAAAGAGCUCGAAAGACUUCAUUUACAACUCCAUAAUUCACAUGAACAAAGCAAGACUUUGCACAAUGCUAAGAACGUCAAAGAUCUCAGAACAAAGAUGGAUAACGAUGUCUCUGUAGCAUUGAAAAAGGCCAAGUUCAUUAAAGUUCGAUUAGAAGCAUUAGAUAGAUCUAAUGCUGCUAAUAGAGGUAUACCUGGUUGUGGACCUGGAAGUUCAUCAGAUAGAACAAGAACAUCUGUUGUGAAUGGUUUGAGGAAAAAACUUCAAGAAUCUAUGAAUCAGUUUAAUGAGCUGAGACAAAGAAUGGCAUCUGAGUAUAGAGAAACUAUUCAGAGAAGGUACUACACGGUGACCGGAGAAAAUCCAGAUGAAGGUACACUGGAUACACUGAUAUCCACUGGUCAAAGUGAGACAUUUUUGCAGAAAGCGAUACAGGAGCAAGGAAGAGGACAAGUAAUGGACACAGUAAUGGAGAUUCAAGAAAGGCAUGAAGCUGUGAAGGAAUUGGAAAGAAAUCUGAAAGAACUGCACCAAGUUUUCCUGGACAUGGCUGUUUUAGUGGAAAGUCAGGGAGCUCAGCUAGAUGACAUUGAAAGUCAAGUCAAUAGAGCUCAUUCAUUUGUGAGAGGUGGUGCUCAGGAGCUUCAGGUAGCAAGAAAGCACCAGAAAAAUACAAGAAAAUGGACUUGUAUUGCCAUUGUUAUUUUGCUGAUUAUUAUCUUGGUGGUUGUUCUUUCUGUUCGACCAUGGAAAAAAUAAGAAUUACUCAAAUCUCCGUAUAGUUCACAGGUUCGAACCAUGAAAUUAGUCAUUGAUACUUGCAUCGGGUAGGUUAUCUGCAUAACAUCCCUUAGGAUGUCGCCUUUCCUAGGUCCUGCAUCAACACGAGAUGCUUCGUGCAUCAGAUUGUCUUUGUUUUCUUUUUUUCAUUUCUAUUGUUUGGAGUUCUCUUUGUAAUUAAAUUAUUGCUCAAGUAGAAACGGAGUUGAGGUAGACUUCUGUUCUAUUUGCUUGUUUAUACACAUUUGGGUUUAAAUCUAAUCUUUUUUUGGUGAUA